AUGAUGAAGAUGAAGAUGCUGCUGCUGUUGGGACUCUGCUGCUCAGACCAAACUGAGGGCAGAGAGCAUCAUUCGGUCUGUGAUGUUUCACCUGCUCUCGUCCUCUCAGGUGUGGUCGGAGCCUCAGAGCUGGCUUUUAUCAAAGAGCCCAUUGAUGUCAUCGCAGUGAGGGACCGCCCCCUGAUGUUGGACUGUCAGGUGGAGGGGGAGGGGCCAAUCUCCAUCACCUGGAGGCGGAACAGUGUUCCUGUGGCGACAGGCGUCAGGGCGACCGUGCUCGGUAACGGCACGCUGCUCAUCAGAAACUUCUCUAAGAGGCGAGAGAGCAACGAAACGGACGCCGGAGAAUAUGACUGCGCCGCACAGAACCGCUAUGGCAUGUUGAUCAGCCGCAAAGCCCGAGUACUGCUCGCAUCCCUCCCUAAGUUCCUGUCUCACCCAGAGUCUGUGGCGGUAGAUGAAGGGGGUGUGGCCAGAGUCACCUGUCAGGUAAAUGGAAUCCCAGAAGCCAACAUCACCUGGCAGAGAGACCGCCUCCCACUGAGCACCGAGGACCCCAGGUACACGCUGCUGCCCAACGGCGUGCUGCAGAUCACAGGUGUGCGGCGGACAGACAGUGGUUUGUUUCGCUGUGUUGCCUCUAACAUCGCUAACACUCGCUACAGCCACGAGGCUCAGCUGUCUGUCACCGUUGCAGGAUUUAGGAUCUAUCGGGAACCCGUCAUCCUGUCCGGUCCUCAGAACCUCACCAUCAAUGUCCACCAGACCGCCAUCUUGGAGUGCAUCGCCACAGGAAACCCACGGCCCAUCGUGUCCUGGAGCCGCCUCGACGGGCGGUCCAUCGGUGUGGAGGGGAUCCAGGUGUUGGGAACAGGUAACCUGAUGAUCUCAGACGCCACGCUGCAGCAUUCAGGAGUUUACGUUUGCUCAGCAAACAGACCAGGAAGUAGAUCCAGAAGAACAGCACUCGGACGGCUCGUAGUACAAGUUCCCAGCUCUCCCAGUUUCUUCACUAAGGUGUUGAACCAAACAGCCAUGCAGGUGUACUGGGAGCUGCCCAGUAAGCCGGGAACGCUGGAGGGCUUCAGACUGGAGUACCACGGGGUUUCUAACCCAGGUGUCCAGGGGCAGGAGACCUUCCCAGGACACAUCAAUACCCACACCAUCUCCCACCUGGAGCCAGCAGCCGUGUAUGAAAUCCAGCUGGUGGCGUUUAACGGAAACGGAGACGGUCUGGCCAACCGCCGCCUCGUGUCUCUGGCAGAGGGACGGAACACUGCAGCAGCUGGUCAGACCUGUAACUGUGAUCAGUCUGAUGGAUCCACGUCCACCAUGCUGGUUGGCAUCCACAGCGGCCUCGCCUGCGUCCUCUGCUGCCUGCUCUUCAUCCUGCUGGGAUACAGACGCAGUCUGUUCUGCAGGAAGGAAGUGAGCUGGGAAGCUCCGCCCACCCUGAACGCUGUCAGAGGUGCUAAAGGUCACACACCUGAGAGCAUCGAACUGAGCCAGAGAUGUGACUCCACCCCUCCUCCAGUGAUGGUCAUGGUUGAACCGACUCCACCCAUCCAACCCGGCAACACCGGAUAAACACACACCUCCUCCUCCUCUUCCUCCUCCUCCUCCUCCUCCUCCUCUUCCUCCUCCUCCUCCGGUCUCCUCCUCUCCUCCUGACAGCCUUACAGCCAUUGCAGCCUUUAUGAAUAAGAGUGUAUCUAUGAGAUUAUUGAUUAUUGAUUAUAGAUGAGUGUCUGAGGGACUUCCAGAGUCUGAUACCACCCAGGAACCAGAACUUCAGAUGUCCAUGAGUUCUAAAAAAACUAAAACCAAAGCUGAACGGAUCCUGAUCAUGUGACCAUGGCCGGUUCCUGUUUGGUAUCAGCCACCGUCCCCGAUGCGUCUUGUCGAAACCAAAAGCUUUUGUCUUCAGUUUGAGUUUGUCACCAUCGGUGCCCAGUUUCUAGAGACGAUGAGGCCUUCCACCAGUCUGACCAGAGACCGGGUCUUCACAGGAUCCAGUUGAGUUGCUGAUUAGUAGUUCCUCUGAGGCCCAGAACCAAAGGGACUGUUUGUUUCUUUGGUCAGCAGGUGGCUGCGGAGGACGUUAGCGCUACUCCGCACUGCUUCAGCCUUUCACUGUUUGUUUGUCUCACCGAGUUCGCCUCAAGUCAGGGUGGAGAGGAAGCCAACAGUUGGUUCUCCUCUUCCUCCUCCCUCCUUUUCCUCCCUCCUCUUCCUCCUCCUCUUCCUCCCUCCUCUUCCUCCUCCUGUUCCUCCAAAGAGAUCUACCUCUGGCUCAACACCAAACCUCUGAGCUACAGGCGACUGUUAGCCUCCUGCUGCUGGUCAAAGCAAACCUACCUCAAAACCAAAAGGCUCCUGCGGGGCCAUAUUGCCAUUUUCAACCUUUAGUACCAAUGUGGACAUCCUGAGACAGUCCGCCCGCCUGUAGUGAUGCUUCCAGGACCACAAAUCCUGUUUCUGAUCUUCUAUUCAAAAGAAUCAAAAUCCAGAUCUCAGAAUUCAGCGUCUAAAACCCUCUGGAGGUGGACCAGAAUCCUGACCUUUAAAAUUCUAGAAACAUAUCAAUGUGCACAAAGUCUGGUUUCAUCCUGGUCCGUCAGUCCACUGCUCUGGGACUCAUAAAGGUCUUAUUGAGGUUUCUAGAGUCCAAAGACUUCCUGAACCUGAUCCAGAUCAUCCACUAAAGCUUCUGCAGUCACUAAUGUGUUUGGGUCCUGGAGCUCACUGGAGGAUGAACCUUUAACAAAGUCAAACAGUCGACACCUGAACCAGGACAGUCUGGACAGUCUGGAUGUCUUAGUGUGAGACGUCUCUGUCCCAUGUUGUAUUUUAUUUUUGCAGAGGCAGCUACUUCCUGUCACCUGGUUGCAGGUGUGUGUUUAAACUGAAGUUUAAUGUCUUCUAAUGUGUGAAAUGAUUCCUGAACUUUCCGUAGACGAACAGCAGCUUUCUGUAGAGUUUCAGCCAAACUUCCAAAUAUUCUUUAAGAACAAGCUAAACAACGUCCAAAGAUAGAAAAAAUAGUUUGUCACAAUUUUCUGUUCAAACUGUUUGUUUUCACUUCCUGUUUCCAGAGGCGAAGAACAAAGUGAACCAAAAGAACAUUUAAUACUUCAGAUGAACGUAAAUAUAUAUUUUCAUAUAUUUGAACAGUUAAAAGAGCCAAAUAAUGAACAAUAGAAACACUCAUAUAUAUAUUGAUAUAUCACUGACCAAAAGAUCAAUAACUCUGAUCAUCAAUAAUUCUGAAUAUGCCCUCAGAGCCACAGACAGUCUGUGGUUGAAUGUCUUUACAGCUUCUGGCUCUGCUACUGACAGUGAUCCACCUGACCCCGAAACCCAGACUCACCAAGUCCCCGAGUCCCAGAGAACAUUUACAAUACUUGAAUUGAUGUUCAGUCCAGACUUGGACCUCAUUAGUGGAACCAAAUUCUGAGUCUCAUGUUCGUGAGUCUCUCCAAGUCCCACCGAGUCUCAAGUCAAACUGAGUCACUACAAUUAGUCUCACAGUAAUGAGUUACUUUGAGUAUCAUCCAGCUAUGUCGAGUCUUGAGGCAUGACGAGUCACUUCAAGUUACAUCAAUGACAUGUGGACAUCCUGUUAUGUUGAAUCUAAAAUCCGACUGGAACAACAUCUGGUCACGUCGAGUCAUGUCAGUUCCCAUCAAGUUAUUGUGAGUCUAAAAUCUGACCAAGUCACAUCAAGUCAUGUCAAGUCUAAAAUUUGCCUGAGUGACGUUGAGUCUCAUUGAGUCAAGUCAGGAAUUGUUGAGUCAUAUCAAGUCUAAACUUUGACGCAUUAAGCAUUGCUGAGUCCAGUCUCAGGGAGCCACCACUUCCCUGCUGCCUUCGGGGUCAGAGGUCAGAGGUCACUGUCAGAUGAAACAAGUUGAAUGUUUCUAAAAAUGUAAAAGUAGAACAAAGUAAAGUGUUUCUAAUGUUGGCUGUUCUUUUUCUAGAACUUUCUUUUUUGAAUUCUUAUUUUCUGUGGCUGCCCUUCGGUGGUGGAGAGGAAAUUCUGCCAAAAUGAAAACCAUUAAAAGUUUUUAUUAUUAUUGCUAAUAAUAUUAUGAUUAUUACCAUUUUACCUCCUUGUUUUUAUAUCGUUUGUCUUUUUCAGAUGUUUUUGUAGAAAAAUUGUGUUUUCAGCUGAAGGUAGAGACACUGGUCAGACUCAGUGGACAUUAGCCAUAUUCAAUAAUAAGCCAUACAUGUGAUUUUUAAGCCAUAUAUUACAUAGAUGUUUGCUUUAAAACCUGAUUUCUGCCUCCUUCUGUCCACACACUGUAGCAACUAAAACUAUAGAGAUUGUAGUGACCGAAGGCUAGAACCAAUGAGAAAAGUAAUGCUUUAAUGUUUCUGAUUUCUUUUCUCUCAUUUUAUUUUCAUUAAUGUGUCAUAAAAAAAGAAAAGCGUCCCAAAGCUUUAAAUUGAACAGACGAAGGAUGACACAGAAACGAAGAGUCUGACACCUGUUUCUGUUCACAAUGGUGUUCAGAUUUGGUUGUUUCCACUGGAUAUACUCUUCUUGGAGUUUUAACGUGUUAUUGUUCCAUUCUGAU